AGCGACUCACUUUGACUUCACCUUCACGUAGUGGCUUUUGACCCAACGCCACUGCACACUAGAAAGAUAGUUUCCCACUUCUGGAUGAUGUGUAACUAAAACCGACCUUCUUAUUCUUACAUUCAGACGGCAAGGUUUACACCCACCGUGACCUAUUUGGAGAGGCAUGUUUGUCGACCAAAAGCUUCGUACCGUACUAGUGUAGUGCCACGACUUUGUUCGUAUUUACUAUUAGCAUCAACCCAACAUAACGAAUCACGAAAUUUUGAUAGCAAUUUGAAUUCGCUGCAAGGUUCAUCUCCAAUUCCAGCAUCCUAAGAAACCCAAGAUGUCCUCUCCCGAGUCCUCCCCGAAGCGGCGCAGCCGCAAGUCGCCGCAGCAAUCUCCCGAGCGGGUUGCAAGUAUUUACGAGGACGCGAAUGAGAAUCAGGAGUCUUGGUCCUCCUACCUGUUCACUCAGGGCCAGCACUACCUUACCGGCUUUCGCUAUCACGAGAAAAAAGUGUUACAGUUACACAUUUGUUGGAGUUUCUGCAUCACAAAUUUUCUGUGUGUGGCAAGGAAAACUUGUAAUGCGAAGAUCAUAAGGGAAAACAGGAAGGAAACGAGGCUUCCAAGCAUUUCCUGCAUGAGAAAGGUUGUCUGUGUUGCCGGUCUUGCAACACAAUGUGUAACUGUAACACUUUUUUCUUGCGAUAUUCGCGGGUUGUUGGAACACGGCAUGGCGCACAACAGCGACAUCAGGAAUUUCGCCGUGAUAUCACCAAUAUGCAUUGCAAAACUAUCGUACUAGUAUAAAUUGCAUUACAAAUUUUCCCAAGAACAAAAAUGCAAUUUGUCAUGCUGCUUCAGGUAGAAAGUUGAAUUUGUCUUCCAUAUCUGCAAUUAGUACGAGUACGAUGCUUUUGCACAGGAUAACCCACGGAUGUUGGGGCAAUAGGAGCGAACAGAAUAAAGAACUCACCCGGAGGUGGGAAGAACUCCAGUUCGUCUUCCAGUCGACGGCCGAGUGAGAUGAAGGAAACGUCGAACCAGCAAUUGGUGCCCGUCGACCCAAGUACUUCUAGAACCCUGACGAAUAAAGUGAAGACCACGGUUCUCUCUUUCCUCGACCGGGCUUUUGAGCAGUGGCGAUCGCUGACGCUGCAAAACCGCAAAUCGGUGUUGCUCGCAGCGUUCCUGCUUUCCAUGUCCAUCCGGCAGAGAAAACUCGCGACCUGUUGCGUCGGGGCGUACUUUAUCAAAUGUAAAAAUGUCUGGGUCUGGAAGGUUGGAACUUGUCAUGCUGUUUUUGAACUGUACAAAAAUUUGUAUUGCAUGACCAGCAAGAGGCGGGGUACAGUUUUUGCUACACGGACAGGGCAUUUCUCAUGCGGAAGGUGCAUCAGGAAGCCCUCUAAAAGUCUGCGAUGCUAGGCCAAGCAUUACAGGCAUCAUGGGUCAUGAGAAAUAUGCAUGACAAGUCUUGCAUUCUUCCAGACCCAGACAUUUUUGCAUUUGAUAUACUUUUUUUCCGCGGUUCCUUCCUCAAAUUCCUUCGAGUCCGCCUUUAAAUCCUGGUUUCACGAAGUCUAUGGAUUGCAAAUAUGUCUGGGUCUGGAAGAGCCAAACUUGUGAUGCUGCAUUUGGAUGCUACAGAAAUCUGUAUUGCAUGAGGAGCAAGAGGAGCCAAACUUGGCUACGCGGUGGAGAGGGCAUCUGUCAUGCAGGAUGCGCAUCGAUAGGCGCUCAAAAAAUCUGUGCUGCUAAUAUGGCAUACAUCAAAGACAUCAUGGAUCAUGGAAAAUGUGCAUGACAAACUUUUCCUCUUCCAGACCCAGACAUUUUUACAGUUGAUAAAGUCUACUUUCCAACGAUUGUCUUUCGGUUUCACGAAAUCUACCGGAAAAGGCUGGCGGAGGGGGUCGUGGCGGGGACGACCACGACAGCAAACGCCAGCGGCGACCCAACAAAUUCAGCCACGACGGAACGCACGGCGGCGCUGAAGCAGAUGGCGGCCUCCGGCUUGACGCAGCUGAAGAAUUUGCUGCAAGCGCAGGAGAAGAAACUCCCGACGGUCACCUUCGUCUACGAACAAGUCGUUAAAAAGUACCCGAACGACUUUGUGGACUGCGCGCUGUGCAAAGUGGCCUGCAAGGAGAAGAGUUUGUUCAAGAUCCGGUUUCUCGGUUGUCUCAACCGGUGGAGCAACAUGGUGCUCCUCCCAUGGGAGGAGGUAAGCAGCGGGAAAGACAAUUCGCGAAAAUCGGCGCCCAGCGUGUACGACGACGAAGUUUUACAGCAGUUGGCCGAGGACUGUAUCUUGCGCGAACAGGAAUUGGCCGGGUGACAUGUAAGCAGUGUUCUUGGCACAGCCACAGCAUGUUGUAGUACAUCGCGAAUCAUGAAGGUUGAAUCGAACAAACUGAGAUUAUUGCGUUGUGGCAGCUGCCUCCGUGCUGUCACGCCGGCAGUGAUGCCUUCAAUCAUGUUGAAUAUAGAAGAUAGAACGAAUUUGUGUGACAAAAGUGUAGAAAACAUGACUCAAUAGUGCGAGUAAAAAGAGACAGCAACAGCUGAGGCUUCAAGAACAUUUUUACUUCACUGCUGACACGAUGUCUCCUGUUGUUCUCCGUUUAUCGUGUGGCUAUUAUUGUGCACCACGGAGUGAAUGCUUGGUCUGCAGCGUUUUUUGUGUUUGCAUUUGAUUCUGUAUUUAUUUUGCCGGGAAAGCA